AUGACCAAGACCAUGAAAGCUGUCAUCUACCAAGGUCCCGAAUCCUUUGCAGUCGAGGACCGACCUAUCCCCACCCUCCAGGAACCCAGCGACGCCAUCGUCAAACUCCUGAGCACAACGAUCUGCGGCACGGAUCUCCACAUCCUGCAGGGCCAUGUACCAUCGUGCACUCCCGGGCGGAUUCUAGGCCACGAGGGCGUGGGCAUCGUCGAUAGCGUCGGACCCGGGGUUCUAUCGCCCCGUAUUGGUGAUCGAGUGCUGAUCUCUUGUAUUUCGUCCUGCGGACGAUGCACAUCCUGUCGAAAGGGGAUGGGAUCGCAUUGUUCAACCGGGGGGUGGGUCCUCGGUAAUGAGAUUGACGGGACACAAGCGGAGUAUGUCCGGAUUCCGCAUGCGAGUUUCUCUCUUCAUGUGUUGUCGGAAAAGAUACCUACCGAUCUGGCUGUGGCUUUCUCGGAUAUUCUCCCCACGGCGUAUGAGUGUGGUGUGUUGAAUGCGGAUAUCAAGCCCGGGGCAUCAUUGGCUAUUGUCGGUCCCGGACCGAUUGGACUGGCUGCACUGAUGCUGGCGCAACGUCUAUUUGGGCCGUCGAGGGUGGUGGUCCUCGGACGGGGGGAGUCGCGAUUGCAGGUUGCGAGGGAACUAGGUGCUACUCAUACGGUGAGCUCGCGAGAUGGGAUGGAAGAGGCUGUUAAAGCCGCUGUGAAGGUCAACGCUGGGGUGGGCUACGAUGCGGUAAUUGAGGCUGUCGGGUCGCCGGAGAGCUUCGAACUGGCGCAGAUGCUGGUGGGACCGGGUGGGACGAUUGCUAGUUUGGGAGUGUUUGGGAGUAAAUGUGACUUUCAUCUGGAGAGUUUGUGGAAUCGGAAUAUCUGUCUGCGAACACGACUGGUGGAUACCGUGACGACGCCGGAUCUGUUGAAAAUGGUGGAAUCGGACAUGAUCAGCCCGAAGACGCUGAUUUCGCAUCAUUUCUCGUUCACGGAUAUCAACGAGGCAUACACCACGUUCCAGGCGGCAUCAAAGAGUAAUGCCCUGAAGGUGGUAAUCAGUAUGGGACAGUCAAAUGGGAACCGUUAG